CCCGGCUCUGCCCCAGUGAGGAGGCACGGGAAGACUGUGAUGAGCGGCGUCGCUGAGGCUGUCAGCAAAAUCGAUGACCUUACCUCUGGGCUCCUGAACCUCAGCGAGCUUCAUGCUUUCCAGCUGCGUGUUGACCCCGCCAAUUUCAAAAUUCUGUCCCACAACAUCCUCGUGGUUCUGGCCAUUCUGUUCCCCACCGAUUUCACUCCAGAGGCCCAUGUUGCUAUGGACAAGUUCCUCAGUGCUUUGUCUCUGGCUCUGUCCGAGAAGUACAGAUAA